CACACACACACACACACACACACACACAGAGAGAGACAGACAGACAGACAGACAGAGAUAGAGACUAACUUUUCAUAUUUUGGAGUUAAGUGGAGAGCAUGUCAUCACUCUUAGUAAAACGUAACGGCAACCGGUGGCUCAGCGAAGACUUCUACAACAUCCGGGCAUUCCACAGCCCUGCGCAGAAACGGAAUGGCGGAGGUUCAAUGGGCUCAGGAGAUCCCAGUCGCUGUAUGUCAUACUUUUUGAGCUGGGGAAAUGAAGAACAAGUGUCUGCCACAACCACCACCAAGUCCCUAGCAAGGGUCUUGAGGAGGCGAGGGGUCCUGCAGACAGGGGCUCUAGAGAUGGCGUCUCACCCCCACACAGGCCGAGAGAUGCCUCUGGAGGAGCUGCUGGCACUCUAUGGCUAUGACAUGCCCGAUGCACUCAUCCAGCAGCAACGCCAGCCUGGGGCGCUCACGGUCGGCCUGCCAGACAUCACACUGAACAAGGAUCACUUAUCUAAAGAUCUUUUCUCAAGAGAGGACGAUGGGGAGGAAGAGGUCCAGUCACUGGCUGAUGACCUCACGCCUUCGGUGGCCUCUGAUAACUCUGACAUCCUUCAGUGCCGUUUAAGAGCACAUUCUCUUACAUCAGGAGACAAAGACAUAUCAGUCAGCUCCUCAGAUGAAGACGACGGCUCAGACAGUGCCUCGGUUCCUUCCAAUGACAGCCACAAGGACAUUAUGGUGGGGCCUCAGUACCAGGCCACUAUUCCACCUCUCAGCAUGUUUUCCUACCAGGACAGAGCCUAUGAGAGUGAGGACCAGCUGCUAUGGACCCCGGAGGUCCUGGCCCCCUCAGACGUGGAGAAGUUUCUGCUCCUUGCACAGAGACGAUGGGGUCAAGGGCAACAUGAGGAUGCCAUGGCAACGGACAUAGUCAAGGACAAUGAACAGGUGCUCUAUGAGCUUGUGAAAUGUAACUUCAAUGCUGAAGAAGCUUUGAGAAGACUACACUUUAAUGUUAAAGUUUUUAAUGAGGAGUUGUGUGCAUGGAGCGAGGAGGAGUGUAGGAACUUUGAACAUGGCUACCGUGUCCAUGGGAAGAACUUCCACCUCAUUCAGGCCAACAAGGUACGCACACGUUCAGUAGGAGAGUGUGUAGAGUAUUACUACCUGUGGAAGAAAUCGGACAGGCAUGACUUCUUCAUUCAGCAAACUACCAGGCUGGGGCGUCGGAAAUACAACAUACAGUCUGGGAACAUUGACGACGGAGAGCAGGACGGAGAGGUGGCAGAGCUGGAGCGGAGCAGCAGCAGUAACUCCCACAGCUCCUCGCACACCUCCACUGGCCAGUCCAACACACCCUCGCCCUCACCAGACCUGGAGAAGCAAGAUGCUGGGUGUGGGAUGGUUAUGGAAGAGCUGUGUGCCUCGUCGUGUCCCUGCUCCCCGCCUCAGGAGUCCGUCUUCGGCCCCUUCCCUCCUCUCCCGUCCCUGGAGGAGUUGAGGGAGCCGCCUCCACCAUGCUCCGACUCCCUGUCCCCCCGCAGCUCUUCCCCUCCUGCUACUCCCCCUCCUCCUCCCCCUUCACCUGCACCUCCACCAGCCACAGUUCCCCGCCCCGCACCCCAGACUCGCAGCUCCCCGGCCCGGGCCUCUACCACCUACAGCUGGGCUCCUACCUCCAGGACGACCUCGCGUCAGGCUCCGGCUGUGGCCACGGCUCGGUGCCCGUCUCCAGCGGGAUGGAGGUGGACUUCUCCGUGCCUCCGGUGCUGACGCUGAUGUCCCCCACACCGGGCCCUCCGUCCCCCUCUGCGUCGGUCAUGGCUGAGUUUGGGUCUCUGGGGGGCUUCCCUCUGCCUCCCCCUCUGUGCCCUGCUCCUGUCCAGCACCCCCGCUCCCUCACACAGUGACCAACUACAGAGGUGGGGGGACCAUGGGGGGGACUCUCUCGAAUGUCCACAGAACAUCAUGUACUGUACUCUUGACGGACUGAUACAUUUUGGUCCGUAAACCGUGCCAAGGGCAGAGACGUUCCCACAAUUUAAGAUUUAUAGAGCAAGAGAACUUUCUAGGUUGUUGAGGGGAUAAUGUACCCCUGUUUGAACUCCUUUGCAGUUCUUGAAGCACAGGACUUAGUCAAGGCAAAGUUGUGUCUACCAGCUCUGCUGAAAGGUCUUGCUAGCUCACGUCAUAUCUGGAGCACUGGUGCCCACCACUCCUCAGCCUAAAAACUUUAUUACAGUCUACAGUCACCUUGACCCCUCAAGAUGACCCCUUCGCCCCAGCAUCCUACCAAAGCUUUGACUGUGUCAUACCCCUCUGCUAGGACAUGUCUGUCUCAUGCCCUUUGUUAUCCACGUUGGGACAGAAUUUCAGUUUGACCAUUCACUCUAGUGGACUUCUGUGUAAACAAAGACUUUAUUCCUAAGUGCACACACCACCCUUCCCUUGUAAAGGUCUUGUGAAGGUCUCGUAAAGAGUAUUUCUUUGUGAGUUUCAAGGUGUUUCAAUGAUUUUUUAUCUGAGUGUUUUGUAAGUGUGUGAGGAACUGGAAAAAAAGUCAAUAAGGUGUUUGCUCUGGGUGGCCUCCAAACAUGUGGUGACAUGUGGUAAGACGUGCUUAAAAAUGCUAUUUAAAUUUAUUUUUUACAUCUUUUGUGCUUCCUUGGAUAUAUAUUUUACCAAUCCUUAUCUCUCAUAAGGUUGGGGUUUAGUUGUACGGUUUUCACAGGCGCAGUCACUUUUGUGCAAUAAGAAACCCAAAGUCAUCAGGGAUUUUUGCUUUUGUUUGUUUGUUUGUUUUCAUAAUCAUAUGCUCAGAGAAUCCCCCCCUACAUGUUUGAAUAUGCCACAGGAACAAACAUUUGUCAAACCUGUGUAUACGUAUUUUACCUUUAACUCUUAGACUGUCCAUUUGACUGCAUAUAUUAAAUCAUAUGAAAUUGCUGUGCUCAUGCAAACAUGUAUGGCAGCAACCCAAUGGGCUUGCUUCACCAACAAUGAACUGUGGUCAUGUUAAAUGUGUCAUGUGAAAGACCUGAAAAACUUCUUGUAGGAUAUCACAAAGUACAGCACAGUUUUCAUGAAGCCCAAUACAGACACAUCAACUCUGAGGACAAUGAGAAAUAUUUUGAGUAGAAAUUCAGGGCUCAAGGAUCGUUUUGGACCAGAUAACUACCGCAUCAAAUUAUUGCUUGAUUGUUAAUCACCCAGUGCAGGGUUUUGAUACUUGUGGCCUGACUCAGCUUGAGUGAAUCACCCUGUAGUCUUUUGUCUUCAGGCUGAACUUGGCUGAGAAAGGGUAAAGUGACUCAGCUUCGGCCUCUGGAUCAGAACGCCACCUCCAAGUGCCAAUCACUAUCUCUCACGUUCUGUGUUCUUUAGGUCUCGGCAGUCUCUCAAACAUUUCUUACAAGCUCAGGACUAUGGUGGGAAAACCCUGCAUUUGAGGCAUGCUAGUGCAAAAAAGGCAUUGUCAAUCGUGCAAAACUACCUGUUGGAGGGUGCUGCUUAUGACGCAUCCUGUCUGUCUUGGCCUGGGUCCAGACCCAUCUCUAUCUGUUCCAUCCAGAUGCGAGGGGAGAGGGGUAUAGCUGCCCUUGUUCCUGCCUGUUCAGAAUAGCUGGGACACACCUUGUGUAUUUGCUUUAUGUAUUUCUUAUUUUUCCACUCCUGCAGUUCUGAUGAUUUUCUGAUGAAUUGUCAUUACUGAGUUUGUUUACUUCUUAUGGGAGAUUCAGAAAUGUAUGUUGUUUAAGAUUUUGAAAGGGAGUAAAACACUGCCUUUGUUCAUUCUUUUGUAAAAAAAAAAAGCAAUUUAUAUUGUAUUGCUUCUGUUAUGUUAAUUUGUUGUUAUAAUUAUUGUUAUAUUUUGUAAGAAAAUGAUUGAA